AUGGCUGUUGCCGCCGUUGCCUUCAUGGCAGCGGUGGCGGCUUCGCUCCUCGCGGUCGCGGCGGCGGCGUCGCCGGUGCCGGCGAUCUACGUGUUCGGGGACUCCCUGGCGGACGUCGGGAACAACAACCACCUGGUGACGCUGCUCAAGGCGGACUUCCCGCACAACGGCAUCGACUACCCGGGGAAGAAGGCCACCGGCCGCUUCAGCAACGGCAAGAACUCCGUCGACUUCCUCGCUGAAAACCUGGGACUGGCGACCUCGCCGCCGUACCUGGCCUUGUCGUCGAGCAGCAACCCCAACUACGCCAACGGCGUCAACUUUGCUUCCGGUGGCGCAGGAGUCUCCAACGCCACAAACAAGGACCAAUGCAUCAGCUUCGACAAGCAGAUCGACUACUUCGCGUCGGUGCACGCGUCGCUGGUGCAGAGCCUGGGGCAGGCGCAGGCCACGGCUCACCUGGCCAAGUCCCUCUUCGCCAUCACCAUCGGCAGCAACGACAUCAUCCACUACGCCAAAGCCAACUCCGCCACCAGCGCAACCGCCGACCCGUCGCAGCAGUUCGUCGACGCGUUGAUCCAGACGCUCACGGGGCAGCUGCAGCGGCUCUACGGCCUGGGCGCGCGCAAGGUGCUGUUCCUGGGCACGGGGCCCGUGGGGUGCACCCCGUCGCUGCGGGAGCUCAGCCCCACCAAGGACUGCAGCGCCCUGGCCAACGGCAUCUCCGUGAGCUACAACGCCGCCGCGGCGUCGCUCCUGAGCGGCAUGGCCGCGCGCUACGCCGACAUGCACUACGCGCUCUUCGACUCCUCCGCAGCGCUGCUCAGGUACAUCAACCAGCCGGCGGCGUACGGGUUCACCGAGGCCAAGGCGGCCUGCUGCGGGCUCGGGGACUUGAACGCCAAGAUCGGGUGCACUCCGCUGAGCUUCUACUGCGACAACAGGACCAGCCACGUCUUCUGGGACUUCUACCAUCCCACGGAGACCAUCGCCAGGAAGCUCACCAGCACCGCGUUCGACGGGUCGGCGCCGCUUAUCUUCCCCAUGAACAUAAGGCAGCUCAGCGCCAUCUAG